AUGACCACUUCCGUUCAUUACCUUUGUCCACAUACCGCUCCAAUCUCAUCCACUCCACCUAACUUCGAUUCAAACAACACUUCAAUCUCGACCCCUCAUCCAUCUCAUUAUCAUUCACUUUCUUCUUUACUAUUUUGUGAAGAAUGUGAUGCAAUCAGAUGUGAUCAUUGUGUGAAUUGUGAAUUAAAUUGUUAUUAUUGUCCAAAUUGUCUUUUUGAAGUACCUUCUGCUAACAUUAGAGCUCAAAAGAAUAGAUGUGGUCGAAAUUGUUUCUUAUGUCCUCAAUGUCAUAAUACUCUAGCAGCAGUAGCAAGUGAUCCACCACCCAGUUCGUUUGAUAAUGAUCCAAAAGCACCUCAAGCUAGUAUUGGUGAACCUCCUUAUUUCUUAACAUGUACGUUUUGUAGAUGGGAUAGUAAACAAGUAGGCAUCUUUUUCGAAAAACCGACUUUUUUAGCUCAACAAUUACAAAAUGCCGAUUCUAAUGCACCUGAAUUAGCUGAAUUCGAUCAAUUAAAAGAUCAUUUUGAAUCUUAUCUUAAAUCUCAAAAUCAAUCCAACACUGGAACUUCACAUCAUCAUUCAAGAGGUUUAAUCUCUUCUAGUUCUUCUGCACAACUUGCUGCUUCUUUAGCUUUAUCCAAAGAAGUACCUCAAGUCACUCGAUAUGGAACUCAACUUGGUUUACAUUCAUCGGUUUUUAAAGUUAGAUCUACGAGUACUGUACUACCUUCAUCUUCAUCUGGUCAUCUCAGUCUUGGAGGAGGUUCUAAAGAAGGUGAUUAUAUUUAUGAAGCUGUCUUUCCGACUGGAGGAACUCUCGACACAAGAGAAUCUGUACAAGAAAAAUAUGAAGCAAGAUAUGAUCUUUAUCGACAUGGACCCAAGAACUCAUCAGAAGGGACUCAUUCAUCCGAAAUUCAUGCAGAUCAAUUCUCGCCUCUCAAUAAGAGAUGGGAUGAAGUUUGGGAAACGUUGGAUUUGGCUAAAGAUUUAAAACCCAUGCGAAUCCCACUUCGUUCGAAACGUACCAAACGAUGCCCUACAUGUGAACACAUUUUAAUUAAACCUGAACAAAAAGCUCAAUCAAUUCGAUUCAAGAUCAAAUUAGUGGCAUCUAAUUAUUUACCUUUGAUCGAAUUAUCACGUAAAAGAUUGAUGCCUAAGAACUUGGUAGCUGAUCGCUUAACAUCGGGUGCUAGUGCCGCUCGAAAGAAUGCUUCACGGCCUGGGAGUGGAACUAGUAGUAAUCCAUUACUGAGUAGGGUUGGAGAUGUGGUAGAUGAAGUGAUUCGACCGGAUCGAAAGUAUCAAUUCGAGUUAACAUUUGUGAAUCCACUUUAUGAGCCUAUCAAUGUUAGACUUUCGAUUGCACCACCUCGACCGAUUCCAACACCAGAUGGAUCAUCUACUCAAGCACCUUUUGCUGUACAUAUCUUAGCACCUGAAUUCACGAUUGCCGCGUUUGCAGAAGUUUGGGAAUAUGAUGCUGAUGAAGAAAAUGAAGGAGCCAAUCAUGAUCAUGAGGCUGGUUAUGAUGUUGGAGAAGGAGAUGAAAAUACGACGACGAAACGGAGUCGACUUAGUACCUUUGGUAUUACUGAUUCUAUGCGACGUAGGACGUUACAGUCAAAUCCGGUGGUGACUAGAAGAGCGAAUCGGACUACUGUUCUGGUGGAAACGAAAACCAGUAAAGAUUUUGUUGGAACCCUACAAGCGGAUAUGUUGGUAACCUUUACAUAUAGAUCAGAUGAAUUUGAAGAAGAUUUAGAUGAUUCGUUACAUGCACAUCAUGCUCGUAAGAAAAAAAGUGGAACACCUAUAGGAGGAGAAGAUGAAGAUGAAGAUGAACAUCAAAAAUCAUUUACGUUUUGGACUAAAUUGAGUUUUGGUGAAGUUUCACCUGUUCCGGUACUUCAAUCUAGUACAUCGGUUGGUACUUCGAUUAGAAAGAAAAGUUCAGUAGCUAAUGUUGGAACAUAA